AUGUACCUGGCAGCAAUUGCAGAUUCACAGCCAGCAUCAAGCCCUCAGCUUAUGCAGGCCAACACCUUGGCCCGAGCGCGCCCCUCUGCGCUUGCCAAGGCGCCACCCGUGGCGACACCAUCGCCUCCAUCCCUCACCACAACACCCACAGCCUCCCCUCCAGGGACCCCACAUGCAUCGCCAGUUGCAUCCCCCACCCUCCACCCCAGCCAUCAAGAAACGGCCACCAGGCCAGCGCCACAGGCCACCAUGCUCACUGCUCAGCAUCACCAGCAAAUUCCAUCUGUGACAGCCAUCAGCCAUCCGUUGCAGAACCCUGUGCGCCCAGUUGCCAUGGGUUCACAGCAGGGUACCACUCAGCUUGUGUCGGCAGCAUCGCCUCAGGCUUUGCCACCCUCUGGCUUGGUGAACGGUGGAAAUGUCAGCAGUGCGGCAGCAGCUGCGCAGCAGUUUCUUGCUGGUGGUGGACAGGCGGCUCAGGUGGUGGUCAGCACAGCAGGGCACGGCUUCCUACCUGCUGGCACACACCUUAUCACUCCGUCUGUUCCCGACAAGCCAGUGUUGCCGAAGGGCAAUGAAGGCGCCGCUCCAGCUGCACUGCCAAGGUUGGCAGAUGGUCCACAGGAUGGCUGCACAGGGCAGGCAGUGAAGAAGCCCCGGAUUGAAGAUCAUCAACACGAAGGUGGCAAAUAG